AUGUGUGAAUUCAACUCUAACCUGACACAGGCACAGCUCGGCUCACGUUGCCGUCACCUAAAGAUGCCAAAACUGCCAGAUUUUGUCCAGUGUCGCUAUGACGACAUGUGCAUGGGUCUUGAGUGCUGCUUGAAUGUUGACUACAAGCUUUUGAAGAAGCCAAUGAAAGUGUGGUCGAUUGUCGAUUCAUGUUCAAACAAGGUGUCAGCUGGUCUCGAAACUUACCAGUACAACGUCACGCUUGAUGCAAGUUUCUGGGAUCGGGAAAAUCUGAUGGAGAUUUCCGAGUUUGUUCGCGCUUUCUUCUCUGUCAGUAAAGACGAUAGCACAGCCAUGCUGGAAUACGUCCUAGUCCUCAGCAUUUAUCUUGACGACGACAACACCUACCCAAUGCUGGACAAGUUCAAAAUGCCAAUGCCUGAAUGUAACGCUGACUUUAACUUAGGUACCGACCUCAGCAGCUUCGUGAGCUCAUUUCCGGCAAGCGCAAUGGUCGGCGCAACAGAUGACAUCCUCCGCCGAUUGCGUUUACCAUCAUCUUUCUUCGACCGAAGUGCCUGCCCAGUAGCAGACAACUAUGUCCAACAAUCACACGCCAACUGCCCGGACUUCGUGUUCCCGGCUAUGCCUGAAGGAUUCCGCUGCAAGUUGAACUCCGAUUGCUUGACGUUGGACUGCUGUGCCACGAUGCAUUUCUUCGAUAAAAUGGAGUAUGCGUUCAAGGCGAGCUUCGAGAUUAUGCCGUGUACAUAUGAGGUCAAAAUUAGUGUUGAGACAGAUGAGGUCACAAGGAACAUAUUUGAUAGCUUUGGAUCUGUCUGGUCUAAGUCUUAUGGUAACACCCUCCAAGUUAUGUACAACUUCAAGAAGGGCAUCCCUGGUCAGUUCAUCAUCGACUUUGGCCUUCAGUACUGCAUGGAUGGCAUGUGCUCGGACCCGUUGUACUUCAUGCAUGACACCAUCAUGACGGUGCCGUUAUGCCAGAGUGGUGCAAUGAGCUGGCCUUCUGUUGAUGUCCAAGCUGCCAUGAUCAGCUAUGCUGGUGAUGCAGCAGAAAAGAUCCUAGCUCUCCAGAACAACCUGCUCCGCGACGGGCUGACCUGUGAUCUAAGUGUGUCCACAACAUCUUGUCCCCACUUUGAGCUACCGUCAAUGCCGGAAAACUACCGCUGCGCGUACAAUCGGGAGUGUACCGGUUUCGACUGCUGCAUCGACAUGGAUAUGAAAAUCUCAAGCAGAACAUUUGCAUUCCGAGUCUUGCUUGAUCCGUGUAAAUUGUCGUUCCAUGUUGGAUUUGAGAAGUGGGAAUUUAAUGGAACACUAAAGGGCUACAGUUGGGGUAUGUGUAUGAUUUGUUUAUUUCAUUAA